UCAAAUAACAAUAAACCUCGCCACUGAAAACCGCUCUGGAGUAGAUUCAUAGCUGCAUUUUAUCCGCUAUAUCUUGGCGAUCUUUCCCAAGAUUUUCUAAAAUGUUUUACUACCCCACAGUUUUGCAGCGACAUACAGGAUGUUUCUCUACAAUCUGGCUGGUUGCUACAAAAGGAAUCCGAGUUCCUCGCCGGGAUUUCCUAAAAGUCAACGUCAACAGAACCUGUGAUGACAUCAUGAACUACUUGCUGGAGCAGGUCCCACCGCCUCGACCUGACCUGCCACGACCUCGCUUCUCCCUCUACCUCUCAUCCCAACUCCAGUAUGGCGUCGUCCUCGUCUUCCACCGACAGUGUGCUAUUUUCCUGGAGGAUCUUCAGACCGUUGUGGGCCAGCUGGUGAAACGGAAAACAUCCCAGAAAAUUGAUGUUGAUGGGCACAGCAGACAAGCUGUGGACUUUCUUGACGCCCUGUCUCUCCUGGAGGAGGCAGAAGGAGCACCUGACCCUUUAUUCGGAGUGAUGUACAUGCAGGAGCCCAUACCCAGUCCAAAUACACUGUUACAGAUGGGUCAGAUGUAUCUGAGAGAAAGAUCUCCUGAAACGAGUCCAACUCCAACCGCUGCUGCACUAGAGAGCGGCAUAACUGCAUCUCCAGACCGCAUUACUCUGAGAGAGACGCAGCCUGUCACGAUCCCUGUUGCAGAGUUUGAGGGCGAGGAGCUCAUCGAACAGCAUCCAGAUACUAUUGACUUGCUCCUGGCCCAAACGGAUCACUUUCCAGAAGAGGAUUUAGAAGAGAGGGAGAUGGAAAGAGUCCAGGAGAAAGGGAGAACAACAGAGCUCCUAGGAUCCCCUAUUGAAUCACAGCUCACCACGUAUUCUAGUGAGGACGCCAUGCUGUUGCCUCAGGAAGAGCCAGACCUGUCCGUGGAGAAGCCUGGACCCCCGUCAGACCAGCUCACCCCCGUCUCUUGGCCCGUUGUCCCGUCCCCGCCAUCUGCAGCAGAGGGACGUAAAGGACCAACCCGACAGUCAGAGGACGAGCCUUCUCCAAAGGUGAAGACGAGGAGGAAGAGGCAGCUGAUCUUCUUUGACUCGCAGACGCAGAUCGACCAGGAGGUGCUGCAGCAGCAGAUCGCUGACCCUCUGACUGGGACCAGACCAGCACCUUACCCACCGUCGCCUUGCCGCAGGCUGCUCUCUGCUGCGGAGCUCCUCAACAAUCCCUGCACUCUCUUGCCUGAAGAAGUGCUGUUUCUAUGGAGACGGGCUGCGACCACAGUGCCUGUCUCGGGCUCGGACCUGCGGGUUGGGGAGAGAGGGCUCGAGUCCACUGAUUCUGAAAAGGAAAGAGAGGGCGAGGUGGCUGAGGCAGUGGAAAGAGAGGAGGUCCCCAGAGCUGUGGCAGAACCAGAGUUGUUUGAUGUGUCAGAGCCUGGCUCACUGCUGCUGGAGCACUCCGACCAAAAGGAGGUGACUCGAGAGAUCUCCCCCAUGUAUGAAUCAGAGAAAGAAGGGUCCACCUUCUCCAGGUCUGUUUCUGCACUGCAGGACAUCCCAGAGGUGGUGGACGAGCUGCUGGGGAUGGCUGCACCAGAGUUUCCAUGGCUGCUGCCGGGUUUUCCCGAGCAUGAAGCGGCAGCGGUGGUGUUUCAGUCUCUUCUGCCGCCAGACGUCGACCGCAGAGCCGUCAGCAACACCUUUCAGAGGCUUCUGGAGACUUUGUCGGCCAGGCAGGUGCGCGUGGAGCAGGACGAGCCUUAUGGGGACAUACUGAUAUUCCCUGGAAACAACUACGAAGAGGUGCAUCUCACGGUGUGAGGUGUACAAGGGCUCUCGAGUCCCCACAAGCCCCCCCAAAAACAAAUUCAUCACAUCGUUGUUCAGUCUGAUAGAAGUACACUCGUCUGUUUCCUCCUGUUCACUUCCUCAGAGACCAAGAAGACACAUAAUAAUGCGUUAAUGUUAAUAAUGCGAUAAUGUUACUCAUCCCUUCAUGAGAUUUGUUGUUGGUGUGUCUUGUUAACAUAUUUGAAAUGAUUUUAGUUUUUUAAAUACUUUACCUGCUG